CUACAACGUGACGGCGUUCUCUGACGACAACGUGCCCAACACGUACCCAGGCUCUACAACAGCAGUAGCAGCCUGCAAGCCCUGCGAUUGUCCAGGGUCGUCAGGGGUAGAAGUAGAAGCCCCGGGGCUUCUUUUACCGCAAGGAUGAAGGUUGCCUUGGACGUGCACAUGUUCCUGCUCGGCGCCGGCGUACUUCAGCUCAGCCAAGCGUUCGUGCCCCCCCCUUCUCCCGCCCUCAUCGCCCACACCGCCGGGUCUUCGGCCCGGCAUGCCGCUUGCGGUGCAAGCCGGCUUCGCAGGAGGCGCUCUGCUGGGGUAGCGCAGAUGGCGGCGGGUGAUCAUGGCGCUAAGUUGAACAAGGGGUUUGGCAUCCUGGAGCUGGCCGGAGGGCUGGUGCCCCAGGGCGGGCUUGUCAAGACCGCGCGAGCAGGGUGGAAGUUCGUGUGGCUCCAGAUGAUGCGCGAGUUGGCCCCUCAGUCUCCAGACGGGGCGUACGUCCGACCGAACUACGGGUUCCGAGGAUGGAUCGGAAGGGGGGCGUUUCCGGUGGAGCCUGGAAGGUACCACGUUUACGUCGGGAACACCUGCCCCUGGUGUCAUCGCGCCGUGCUCGCGGUUGUGUUGAGAGGGCUGUCCCCUGCCGUGACCUUCUCCUACAUGGAUGACAAUCCGGACAAAGCGUCUCGGGGGGGUUGGGCGUUCACGCGGGACGAGCCUGACCCGGUGUUCGGCUGCAACGACCUCCGUGAGGUUUACGAAACGUGUAGCCCGGGAUUCAAGGGAAGGGAGGGGUGUUAA